AUCAACCUAUUUUCAACUCUCUCAACCCUAACCAUACUCAUUCUCACACUACCUAUCAUUAUAUCACUCACCAACUUUUUUACCCACCCUAAUUUUCCCCUAUACGUAAAAAACUCAAUCUCACUUGCCUUUACAAUCAGCCUAAUCCCAACGAUCCUAUUCCUGUAUACAAAUCAAGAAAUAAUACUAUCUAACUGACACUGAACAACCAUUAACACCAUAAAACUCUCUAUCAGUCUCAAACUAGACUUUUUCUCCAUACUAUUUAUCCCAGUUGCACUAUUCGUCACAUGAUCAAUCAUAGAAUUCUCCUUAUGGUACAUACACUCAGACCCCAACAUCAACCGAUUCUUUAAGUACCUUCUACUAUUCCUAAUCACCAUAAUGAUUCUAGUAACAGCAAACAACCUGUUCCAACUUUUCAUCGGCUGAGAAGGCGUAGGCAUUAUAUCGUUCCUACUAAUUGGCUGAUGAUACGGACGAACAGACGCCAAUACCGCAGCCCUACAAGCGAUUCUAUAUAACCGAAUUGGUGACAUCGGCUUCGUCCUAUCAAUAGCAUGAUUUCUCAUCCAUAUAAACACAUGAGAACUCCAACAAAUCUUUAUACUAGAACCGAACAACCUCACACUCCCACUUCUAGGCCUAAUUCUAGCUGCCACAGGAAAGUCAGCACAAUUUGGCCUCCACCCAUGACUACCAGCAGCAAUAGAAGGCCCAACCCCUGUAUCAGCCCUACUACACUCCAGCACUAUGGUGGUAGCAGGAGUCUUCCUACUAAUUCGAUUUUAUCCACUUCUAGAAUCGAAUAAAGUAGCCCAAUCCCUAAUCCUAUGCUUAGGAGCUACGACUACCCUAUUUACAGCCCUAUGUGCUCUUACUCAAAAUGACAUCAAAAAAAUCAUCGCAUUCUCCACCUCAAGCCAACUAGGCCUCAUAAUAGUAACUAUUGGUAUUAACCAACCCCACCUCGCUUUUCUCCAUAUCUGCACCCACGCUUUCUUCAAAGCUAUACUAUUCAUAUGCUCCGGAUCAAUUAUCCACAGCCUUAACGACGAACAAGACAUUCGAAAAAUAGGCGGUUUAUUCAAAACCCUCCCAUUCACAUCAUCAGCACUCACAAUCGGCAGCCUAGCACUAACAGGUAUACCUUUCCUAACAGGAUUUUACUCAAAAGACCUAAUCAUCGAAGCAGCUAAUACAUCAUACACAAACGCCUGAGCCCUACUAAUAACUCUCGUUGCCACAUCCCUAACAGCCAUCUACAGUACUCGCAUUAUCUUCUUUGCCCUACUUAAUCAACCCCGCUUCCCACCCGUAGUUACCAUCAAUGAAAACAGCCCCCCACUAAUUAAUUCAAUCAAACGUCUUGCCCUAGGUAGCAUCUUCGCGGGCUUCCUCAUUUCAAACAAUAUUCAACCCCUCACAAUUCCCCCAAUAACCAUGCCCCUUUACAUAAAAAUAACAGCCCUCACAGUCACCAUCAUAGGUUUCCUACUAGCGAUAGAACUCAACCAACUAACACUCAACCUCAAACUAACCCCCCGCUCUAAACCAUUCUACUUCUCCAACCUACUAGGGUUCUUCCCCUCAACAAUACACCGAUUAGUUCCAUACACUGGUCUAUUAUUCAGCCUUAAUAUUGCAACCUCUACCCUAGACAUAACAUGAACCGAAAAAGCAAUCCCAAAAACAACUGCCAACCUUCAAAUAAACAUAUCCUCCCUAGUCUCAACACAAAAAGGACUAAUCAAACUCUACUCCCUAACCUUCCUAAUCUCACUUCUCUUAGCGGCCUUCAUCUUAAU